GUGCUCGCCGCCCUCGGGUGUAAGCCGGAACCAUGUCCCGUCGGGCCUUGAGGAGGCUGCGAGGGGAACAGAGGGGGCAAGAGGAGCCGGGUGGACCAGAAGAGGUUGAGGAAGAGGAGGAACCUUUACAGCCCGAGCCACGGAACCGGAAAAACAAGGGGAACCGUAAACUGUUCGAUGAAAGGGGCCUAAACAACCCAUUCCAGCUGAUCACUGAACCAGAUGAAGACCCUCAAAGCGAUCCAGAUGCUGGUCAGACGGCUCAGUCUAGAAUAACCGAUGAAGAGGAGCCCUGUGGGCAAGAGAAACGUGGAAGUGACUCAACUUUGACUUCAACUCAAGUAUGGAACAAGACUGCUUCUAGUAAUAAAACUAAGAAGAAGAAAAAGAAAAGAAAAGCAAAGAAGUCUGCAGAUGGGCAGCUGGAUGGUGCUGUAGAGGGCAGUGUUGAGCUAGAAAACAUCGACAGUAUUUUAGAGAGGAUAGAAAACGCCAAUGGAAUUGCGUACCAGAUCCAGAACAACAGCAACCACACAGAUACCCGUCCUCUGCUAUAUGUUGAGCACAGGAACCUUAAUCCAGAAACUGAACUGAAAAAGUUUUUUGGAUCUCGAGCAGUCAUGGGAGAUCAAAGACCACGACAAAGACAACGACUGCAUCACCGAAGCACGUGGCUUACAUCUCCAAAGAACACGUGGCCAAGAUUCAGUAAAACCGGUAUUACUAUGAGUCUUUUAGAAACCAAAAGAGGAGUCCAGUAUUUCACCUUUGAGCACCAGAGAGAUUACCAGCAGGUUCAGUUCAAGUUUCUGGACGCUGUAGAGUCAUUGGAUCCAAACAAUAUUGUGUUACUUCUCCAAAUGAACCCAUAUCAUGUAGACUCGUUACUGCAGCUCAGUGAUGUGUGCCGUCUUCAGGAGGACCAGGAAAUGGCCAGAGACCUGAUUGAGAGAGCCCUCUACAGCCUGGAGUGUGCAUUCCAUCCGGUGUUUAGUCUCACCAGUGGGACCUGUAGGCUUGACUACUGUCGCCCGGAAAACAGAGGGUUUUUCUUGGCUCUUUACAAACACACGAUGUUCUUGGAGAAGAGAGGUUGUCUACGAACAGCAUUGGAGUUCUGUAAACUAAUUCUGAGUCUUGAUCCCGAGAAUGACCCCCUCUGUAUGCUGCUACUCGUAGAUUACUUGGCUUUGCGUGCACGGGAGUACUUACUACUUAUCCGGAUGUUUGAGGAGUGGGAGGCUCAUCGGAAUUUAUCACAACUGCCCAACUUUGCAUUUUCUGUACCAUUGGCGCUAUUACAGUACAGUCAGCAGGAGGAGGUGGUCGAGCAGGAGCAGGUGACAACCUAUGACAGAGCUUCACACCUUGUUCAGCAGGCUCUUUUAAUGUUCCCAGGAGUUCUGAUUCCCCUUCUUGAUGCCUGUGGGGUUCAGCCCGACUCUGCUGUGGCUUCACAUUCUUUUUUUGGAGCAGUGGCUCAAAUAAGCCAACCCACUGCCCUCUCCCAGUUGACAACUCUGUAUGUUGGAAGAUGUCAUAGCCUAUGGAAGGAGCCUUCAGUCAUGUCCUGGUUGGAGCAGAACGUUCGAGAAGUUUUGCGCAUGGUUGACAGUAAUGACCCUGUUGUGAAAGAGUGCGAGCUCAGGAGAAACACUCGGUAUCAGAGUGCCCCCAGGAACAUACAUCGUCAUGUUAUCUUGUCUGAGAUCAAGGGAGUGAACUCUGCAUUGCCUCUGGAUGUGACAUCGCAGCCUGUGCUAAGCUUUGAUCCAUUACCUCCUCUGGACUCUGUCGUGUCUUACACAAGGCCGGAGAGGACGCACCAGCCAUCGAAUGAAGGGACCUUAUCUCUGUUCUUUAGAUCACUUUUGCCAAAUUUUAAUUUGCAGGGAGAGGCUGCUGCUGAGGGUGAAGAUGCUGGAGCCGUCCGGGAGUUGAAUCGAGGUGUAAACAGACUUAUGGCAGCAAUGAGAGACAUGCUGGCUAAUAUCCAGUUCCAAGAACCUCCACGGGAGGACAAUCCUGAUGGGGAAGGAGAUGAAGAGUGGGACUGAUUCAGGGUGCAAAGCCCCUGAAUUCCCACUGCCCUCUUAAAAUGUUUUACACAAACUGUACAGUGCAAUAAAUAGAAAACAUAGGACACAA